CAGCGACUAAAGGGUAAAACCCCACAAGGCUAACAUGCAGGAAACAUUGCUCACUAACCAGUCGGAUGGCGUGCUUACGUACAAUUUAUCAUCUCGCGGAAUUAUUUCCCAAGGGAUGCGCCGAUCCAAAAACACGUUUCCUUUCUUGAACCUCCAAGGGGGGAGGGAAAAACCAGAAUUGAACACAGAAUGGCGAUACCCUUCAAGGGCCCAACGCAACAUGAUCGUGAGAUAUCGCCAAAUCCCCAGCGCGGAGGGAGCGCUCCAGCGAUCAACGAUAAUGAGCAACAACAACAACAGAUCGUCUCCCAAGAGGAACGCGAAAAUCUGCACCGCGGACUGUCCCAGCGACAUGUCCAGAUGAUCGCCAUCGCGGGCGCCAUUGGAACGGGACUUUUCCUGGGCCUCGGCGGCGCGAUCGCGACAGGCGGACCGCUUGGUGCCCUACUCGGCUACAUCUUCGUCGGGCUGAUUGUAUGCUGCAUUCAAUACGCUUUGGGCGAGGUCUCUGCGCUGAUGCCGGUGACGGGUUCAUUCGUGCGACACGCUGAACUGCUGGUCGACCCCGCGUUGGCUUUUGCGAUCGGCUGGAACGUCGUUUAUGGCUCCUUCUUGGCCGUGCCGAGUGAGAUUUCCGCGGCCGUGGUGAUGAUCCAAUACUGGACAGACAUCAAUGCCGCCGUAUGGGUGACCGUGCUAAUCUUCGUGUCCGCUGGCGUCGCCAUUACACUUGUGCGUGUGUACGGUGAAAUCGAGUUCUUUUUCGCCCUGUUGAAGAUUCUGUUGGUGGUCUUCGUCGUGAUUCUCGGUCUUGUCAUCGAUCUCGGGGGAAUACCUGGCAAGCCACGACUAGGCUUCCACUACUGGAAAGAUGGCCUUUUUGUCGAGUACAUUACCGGUGGCGCAUGGGGUCGCUUUCUCGGUUUCUGGGCCGUGAUGACCAACGCCGUCUACAGCUUUUCGGGUGUAGAAUCCUUGGCGAUGGCAGCAGCGGAGACGAGAAACCCACGCCACAAUAUCCCCAAAGCUUGUAGAAGAGUGUUCGUGCGUGUGACUAUAUUCUAUCUAGCCGCCGUUUUAGUCGUGAGCAUGCUAGUCCGAAGCUCCGACCCAAGGCUGCAACAUGACUCUGGCACCGCCGCAACGAGUCCCUUCGUGAUUGCUGCCAGCGACGCCGGCAUCAAGGCGAUACCCUCAAUCGUCAAUGCGAUCUGUAUUACUUCAGCAUGGUCAGCCUCCAACCAAAGCAUGCUGGCGGGCACACGAACACUCUACGGUCUUGCCGUCAAGGGACAUGCGCCUAAGAUCUUCCUGAAAACAUCCAGCUGGGGGGUACCAUACAUGUGCGUCGCCGCCCAGACCGCUGUUUCCUUCCUGGCCUACAUGUGUGUCUCAAAUAGCGCCUUGACCGUCUUCUAUUGGUUCCUCGAUUUGACAGCGGCUGGUGUGCUGGUCUCGUGGAUUACGAUCGCAUUCAAUCAUAUUCGCUUGUUGCAGGCGCUACGCGCACAAGGCAUUCCAGCGACGGAAUUACCCUGGCAUAAUCGCAUAACUUACUUUUCUUCGUGGUUUGCUUUUAUCGCCUGCAUACUCAUCCUCUUCACUGGUGGAUUUACCGUCUUUACCGCCGGGAAUUGGGACCCUGCCUCCUUCGUGUCGUCCUAUUUAGAUAUCCCCCUCGUGUUAGGUGUAUAUGGACUCUACAAGUAUAUUCGCGGGACGAAAAUCAUUCCCUUGACCGAAGUACCAGUUCGUCAAGCGCUGGAGGAAGCACGAAAUGAUCCGGAAAAUGUACCAAUUAAGAAAGCUAAGGGGUGGAAACGGCUUAAUGUUUUAUGGGCAUGAAGCUGAAAGUGAUAGAUAUAGUGGAAACACGGCUCCCACGAGGAUACGUAUAUGCAUGCAUUGAUAUAGACGGCAAUAUAUUCUGGCAUAUUUUAGCG